CAUCGAUGACGUCACCGCUCCACAACCAUACAUGCUUCGAUGCGCGCGCCACUAAACACUUCCUGGAUUACUCGAUACACGCUCCGAAGCAUCGGAACCCCGCGACCCAACAAUACCGAUGAGCCCCCGACGGGCUCACUUCUAAGGGCUUCAGAAGCCGCUUUGGGAUUCAUUGAAGACGAGGCGAAAAGGUUUUCGCUCGCCAAGCGUCUUUCGUCAAAACCCGGAAGCGAGUCGCUGCCGCACUCCCUCCCGAGCACUCGCGACGUCAGGGGAUGACGUCUACUGGUCCAAAAACCGCCCUCCCUCCCUCGCGACACCUUCAACAGGGCUGAGCAAUUGAAGGACGAUGGACGUUGUCGCCUGAAGUGCGUUUCAAUGUGGAGCCGAGGAGACCGCCGCCAUGUUGACCGCCGGUGACGAGGGCGCGGACUCGCGGGUGGACUCGCGUGUCGGAGCGGCGCGCCAGAGCGCUGCUCCGGAACGUCCGCCUCUUUUCCCCUCCGAUGACAGCAGCGAUGGAGUUUGUCCUCCGGAGCCAGCAGCAGCAGCAGCAGCAGGGAGUCGCCACGGCUACCAAACUUGCCCGAGCGCGUCUUCGCUGAAGGUGACUAUCCAGCGGCGCGGCGACGGUCGCGCCUUCAAGAUGGCCGGCGAGCGGCGGGCGGCUCCGGGGCUUCGCUGUCACCUGUGCGGGGUCGCCUGCUCCACCAUGCAGAUGUUUGUGGAGCACAUGAGCAGCUCAGAUCACGUGAGCAAAUGGGAGGAGAUGGCGCAUUCGGUCAGUGUCGUCACGCGCGCGCUCACCAACAGGAGACGCCGUUGGUGCGACACUUGUCAGAGUGACUUUAGCCAUGAUGUCAUCAGCCAUCGCCAGACCAAACGACACAAAGCGCUUAAGCGUGUGGCGCGGCCGUUCUGUGCAGCGUGCCGUCGUCGUUUCAAGACGCCCCGGAAGUUUGUGGAGCACAUGAAGUCGGACAAGCACAAGGUGCAGAAGGUGCGCGCCCAGAAGGCUCAGGGGCAGGAGCUCAUCACCGUGGAUGCCAUUGGCUGUUUUGAAGAGGAGGGGGGCGGGGCAAAGCAGGAAGUGGUGUCAGAACCGGCCGAAGACGAGGCGGCCGCUCGCUCGCUCGCUCGCUCGCUCGACAGGUGGCCGGCCUAAAAGCCCAUGACGGGUGGAAGGGGAAGUGACCUCACUUGACAGCUAGUUGUAGCUGAUUUGGGAUAAUAUUUGCAGAAAUCACGGUUUCAAAAAAAAAGGAUUAGCGAGAUGCUGACAAGAACAUCCAAUGGGCGCUUUUGUGUACUAACGCCCCGGCUGAAGCUGCACCCUUCCUUCCUUCCUUCCUUCCUUCCUUCCUUCCUUCCUUCCUUCCUUCCUUCCUUCCUUCCUUCCUUCCUUCCUUCCUUCCUUCCUUCCUUCCUUCCUUCCUCCCUCCCUUGCUUGCUUGCUUUUUUUCUUGCUUCCUUCUCUCCUUUCUUCCCUUCCUUUCUCCCUCCUUUCCCUCCAUCCUUCCUUCCUUGCCUUUGAGCGGUGAUGAGGCAAUGCCGCCAGCAGAUGGCGACGGAGAGGCAGCCUUUUACGGCGGGCUUGGAAAGGCGCCCGCCCGCCCACCUGCCUCCACAAAUCGCUGACAGAUGAUCCGAGGAGCAAAAUAAUGGUCAUCAUCUUUGAUCUUUGUCAAAGUGUGUCGGUAAAUGUUUGCCGUGUAUUCUCAAUGCAUUGGGUGGCAGAAUGAUUUUUUUUCGCACGGGUUCUUUCGCAAUCUGAAUCCAGUACAAGAGGGUCGUCUACAGAUCAUGCUUUAUAUGUAUUUGUGAACAAAUGCGGGACUGAUUGAUUUUUAUUUUUGAAACUUUGACGCAAUUGCUGACGACGCACGCUCAAAUCGGAAUUGUCCAAAAACAGCCAACAUUUGACUGAUGUCACUUUUAGGAAGACAAAACUCUGCGAGUUUGCAAAUGUCAUGAUUCUGCCUAGCAACUAUGAAAUGAAAUUGUGCACGGGGGCAAAUAUC